ACAACGGCAACUCAUUGAUCGAUCGGCGACUGAGAGAGAGCAGAGAUGUCGAAGACGCUGGUGCAGCCGAUAGGGCAAAAACGGCUGACGAACGUCGCCGUCGUUCGCCUCAAAAAGCAUGGAAAUCGUUUCGAGAUUGCGUGCUACAAGAACAAAGUCCUCUCUUGGCGCUCCGGCGUGGAGAAAGACAUUGACGAAGUCUUACAGUCACAUACUGUGUAUUCCAAUGUCUCCAAGGGAGUUCUCGCCAAGUCAAAAGAUUUGCUUGCGGCAUUCGGGACAGAUGAUCAGACCAAAAUUUGUUUGGAGAUUUUGGAAAAAGGAGAGCUACAAGUUGCAGUGAAGGAGAGGGAGUCACAAUUUUCAAGUCAGUUCAGGGAUAUUGCUACAAUAGUCAUGCAGAAAACAGUCAACCCAGAAACUCAGCGGCCAUAUACCAUAAGCAUGAUAGAACGCCUAAUGCAUGAAAUCCAUUUUGCUGUUGAUCGACAUAGUAGCUCAAAAAAACAGUCACUGGAGGUCAUCCGUGAGCUUCAAAAGCACUAUCCUAUUAAACGGGCCCCAAUGAGGUUACGCUUAACCAUACCAGGAGAACAAAAUUUUUCCAUACUGGAGAAGCUUAAGGAGUGGAAUGCUGGUGUGAUUUCAAGAGAUGAAGUUGGAAGCCAACUUUCUAUUAUUUGUGAGAUGGAACCAAAUCUUUUUCGGGAUUGCGAUGCCUUGAUAAGGAAUUUGCAGGGAAGAAUGGAAAUGCUUGCAGUUAAUGUGCAUGUAGAAGGCGAUACUUUUGUCGAUCAGUAUGAUGGUCAUGAGGAUGAAUCAUCAAGUUUGACGGGAAAAAUGCAAAAUCAUACAAUCUCUUCUGAAAAUGAAUAUCUCAGGGGAGAGAUAAAGCAGAACAGGGCAGCAAAAAGUGGGAGUUCAGAAGGAGAAGCCAAACUAAACAAGUGCAGUACAUGCAAUGCAGUUGUGGGAGAUUCCAAGGAGUUCAGAGAACACUUCAAGAGUGACUGGCAUAAACAUAAUCUUAGGCGAAAAACUAGGCAACUUCCUCCUCUUACUGCAGAAGAGUGUAUGGCUGACAUGGAACUUGGGGACUCAAAGGCUGAUCUGAAGGAAUACUCCUUUUGAGGUGGGACUAAGUUUCCUAGGUUGCUAACCUGACAUUAAUGAGAUUUGUAAUCUGCACACACCCCAGAUAUGUGAUUCACUCCGAUUACUGUACUAUGGUUUGGUGUAGUAAUAUGCACACACCUUUUCCGGUACAGCACACAGGUCACAGGGCAGGUAUGUCACAUGCUGACAUGCAUUCUACCAAACUUAUGAAAAGAAGGUGCUAACCGUGGAGAAGAACACCCCUAAAUGCCUGAGAUGUAAAUAUAUUUCAAAAAAAAAAACCUCUUAAAAUUUGUAUGUUUUAUUUGUGUAUUUGACCUUUAAUCAUAUGCACACAUAUUUGGGUGUACAAGCACCUGAAA